CGGAACACGAGCAGCAAAAUGAGCCUCUAUCCUCGGAUCACCUGCUCCGCGCUGCUGCUGCUGCUGGGCGCUUUGUGCUCGGGUCUGAGUCUUGUUCAGGGUGAGACUCGGGAAUGUGUGUACUACAACGUGAACUUUGAGCUGGAGAAGACCAACCAGAGCGGGGUUGAGCGAUGUGAGGACGAGGUGGACAAGCGCUCUCACUGCUACGCCUCCUGGAGGAACAACACGGGAACUAUCGAACUCGUGAAAAAAGGCUGCUGGCUCGACGACUUCAACUGCUACGACAGACAGGAGUGUGUGGCCACUGAAGGCUCUCCUCAGGUUUUCUUCUGCUGCUGUGAAGGAAACUUCUGCAACGAGAAGUUCACCCACCUCCCCGACCCCACCAGCCCCCCCCCCCCUCCUUCGUUGGGACUCUUAAACGUGCUGGUUUACUGUCUGCUGCCCGGGCUGCUCCUCUGCCUGACUCUACUCACCGCUGUGUGGAUGUACCGCCACCGCAAGCCCCCCUACGGACAUGUUGACAUUAUGGAGGACCCUGCUCCUCCCCCGUCUCCUCUGCUCGGCCUCAAACCACUGCAGUUACUGGAGGUAAAAGCCAGGGGGCGCUUUGGCUGCGUGUGGAGAGCUCAGAUGAUCAACGAGUAUGUGGCCGUCAAGAUCUUCCCCAUCCAGAACAAGGCCUCAUGGGAGAACGAGCACCAGAUCUUCUCGACUCCGGGUCUUAGACAUGAGAACAUUCUAAGGUUCGUGGGAGCUGAGAGACGAGGGGGCCCUCUAGAGGCUGAACUCUGGCUCAUCACAGAGUUUCACCAGCGGGGCUCUCUGUGUGACUUCUUAAAGGGGAAUGUGGUGAGCUGGUCUGAGCUCUGUCUCAUCGCUGAGUCCAUGUCCUGUGGCCUCGCCUUCCUCCAUGAAGACCUGCCCCGGACCAAGGAUGGGCCCAAGCCUGCCAUCGCUCACAGGGACUUUAAGAGUAAGAAUGUGAUGCUGCGUUCAGACCUCACUGCCGUGAUCGGAGAUUUUGGUCUUGCGGUUCUGUUUGAGCCGGGGAUCCCUCCUGGAGAAACGCACGGACAGGUGGGAACGCGGCGGUACAUGGCUCCAGAGGUAUUGGAGGGGGCCAUAAACUUCCAGAGAGACUCGUUCCUCAGGAUCGACAUGUACGCGCUAGGCCUGGUAUUGUGGGAGCUUGUGUCCCGCUGCAAGGCUGCCGAUGGUCCUGUGGAUGAGUACCAGCUCCCCUUUGAGGAGGAGGUGGGGCAGCACCCGUCUCUGGAGGAUCUUCAGGAGAUUGUGGUCCACAAGAAAUUGAGACCAACCUUCAAAGAGCAGUGGCUCAAACACACGGGCCUGGCUCAGCUGUGUGAGACAGUGGAGGAGUGCUGGGACCAUGACGCUGAAGCUCGUCUUUCUGCCGGAUGCGUCGAGGAGCGAAUCUGCCAGAUCCGCAUCACUUCCUGCUCAGACCACGCCCCCCUGCUUGUCUCCACGGUGACCAACAACGACCUCCCGCCCAAAGAGUCCAGUAUAUGAACCCAAACGAGAUUAUGACGCGAUUUUUAAACACAUUUCCAAUUUUAUUUUUGAAGAAAACUCAUCAGCUACAAUGACGACAUGUUUCUCAGAGGAUUUUUACAU